CAACAAAACCGAUCUACACUUCUUCUCUCUUCCUUUUCCCUUUUUCUUUUAUUAAAAUUUCAAUCACGUUUCCUAAAACCCCAAAUUCGAUUGUAAAAAUCCCUGCAAAAAUCGGGUAACAAUGGCGAUGAAGCAGCUGUGCAGUUCCAUUGCAAGAAGAGUAAUGUCAACCCAUCGAUUCCCAGAAAGUCCCAUUUCAGCACCAUAUUCAUCAAUGGCGUCUUCAUCAUCCUUAUCAGAGUCAAUAGUGUGCGGAAGAGGCGACAAGAAGACGAAAAGAGGGAAGAGAUUCAAGGGUUCUUUUGGUAAUUCCAGACCUAAGAAGAAAGAAAUGAUUCAGAGGUUUAAAGAGAAGGUUGAAGUUCCUAGUAACACUCCUUGGCCUCUCCCUUUCAAACUUAUCUAAUUAUUUUUCUCAAAUUUCAUAUUAUGUCGUUUUACUUCAGCUGAUAGUUGCUGAAUUUGCAUACGAAUCUUUUAUUGGAUGCUUUUUAAUAAUAUGUUACUAUGUUUGAAUUUGUGUUGGUACCAAUUUUUGAUCUUGGAUGAUGUUACUAUCUUUUAUUGAAGUUUAAUUGGGUUGUUUAUGUAA